UCGUGGCUAAGGUUAUAAUUUUAUUCGCAACCAAUUCAGAAAACCUUUGAUGGGCUUACAUUACUUGAUGGGCCCUCAAUAUUACGGCGUCGUUUGGUCGUAGGGUUUAUGAUUGCAGAGAAUGAGUGUGUUUCGACUUCGUCAUCGUCUUCGUGAAAAUUAUCUGUUUACAUUGACAGAAGAAGAAGGUUCGAUCUUUAAAGGAUACAGAGGAACAUCUUCAUCUCCAACUGGUGUUUCGUCAUUUCAUCAAUUCAACUCAUAAAUUCAAAGUAUUUGGCGAUGAGUAGCUUCAACGGAGACUCCAUGGACGAUUUCAAAGGCCUCCGAAUAACUCAGCUCGAUGAUGAUGAUAACGAAGAGGAAGCUCCAAUGGACCCGAUACACGUCGAUGAAUUCGAUGAUGAUGACGAAGAAGACGACGAAGAUUGUGAACCUGUGAUAUUGGGUUUCGUCGAGAGUCCAAGAUUCGCAUGGUCAAAACUCCGUCAACUGUUCCCUAAUUUAGCAGGCGGUGUUCCGGCAUGGUUGGAUCCAGUUAAUGUACCAUCAGGGAAGUCAAUUCUCUGUGACAUAUGUGAAGAGCCUUUGCAAUUUGUACUUCAGCUUUAUGCUCCGAUAACGGACAAGGAAUCAGCUUUUCACCGGACAUUAUUCCUCUUCAUGUGUCCAUCUAUGUCUUGUCUCCUUCGUGAUCAACAUGAACAAUGGAAACGUGCCCCCGAGAAAGUUAUGCGGAGUAUGAAGGUUUUCCGUUGCCAGUUGCCUCGUGUUAAUCCAUUUUACUCGAGUGAGGCUCCGAAACACGAUGGAACAGACAAGCCCUUGGGACUUGGAGCUCCGCUUUGUACUUGGUGUGGAACGUGGAAAGGAGAUAAAGUAUGUAGCGGCUGCAAAAAUGCUCGAUAUUGUUCACCGAAACACCAGGCCCUGCAUUGGCGCGUGGGUCAUAAAACCGAAUGUCAACAGCUUCGUGCGGUUCUCGAAACAUCUGACUCAGGCCUUGUUGAUAAUGGGGUUUCUCUGACUCAACAGCAGAAAGUUGCGAGUAAGAGUCUAUGGAAAGAAUUUGUAUUGGUCAAUGAGGAUGAAAGUGAGUAUGAUACAGAGAUGUCAGAAGAUGAUGAAGUUGCUAAACCUUUGGUCUCAGUGAGAGAAGUUGACGACCAAAUGAAAUCGCUGAUGAAAGAUUUUGAGGGAGAUGCCGAUAAAAAUAGUUGGGUUAAUUUCCAGCAACGCGUGGCCAAAGCACCUGAACAAGUCCUAAGAUAUUGUCGGAGCUCUGGAGCUAAACCCCUUUGGCCAAUAGCAAGUGGACGAGUCUCUAAAUCUGAGAUUCCCAAUUGCAAAUCUUGUGGUGGUCCUCGUUGUUUUGAAUUUCAGGUAAUGCCGCAGCUAUUGUUCUUCUUCGGCGGGAACAACGACAGGGAAUCUCUCGAUUGGGCAACAAUCGUGGUGUACACGUGUGAGAACUCGUGUGAAUCGAGCUCAAGUUACAAGGAAGAGUUUGUGUGGGUUCAGCUCUACAGUCAAACAACUUAGGCCUCUUCCCUUCUGUUUCUGCUGCCACAAAAGUUUUGUUCUUAACCGGAUCAGACCUAAUAUUUGUAAAAUUUUCAUCGGUUAUAAUUGUUGUGUUAGUUUGGUUAUGUCAUUGUUUGCUUAAAGAUCUC